AUGCGUGGCUUGUUGUCUCUCAUCGCCCUCGGCGGCGUCGCCGUCGCAAAGGACCAGGUUUCCUUCCCUGCGACUGGCGAAUUUGACGUCGUCUUCCCCCGCAACGACACAUACGCCGUCGAGGCUCCCUUCCCCGUCAUCUUUGGCUUCCAGAACGCCCCAGUUCUGCUCUCAUUUCCGACCCAGAUCAACUGGGAGCUCACCUGCGGCCUAGGCACGUUGUUUGGGAUCAACGAGUUCCAGGGCGAGCGGAGCCUUCCUCCACCUUCGGAUCCGUACUUUUACAUCAACGCGAGCCGUGCACUCAUGAAGGCUGAAGAGGGAGAUCAGUUCAAGUAUUUCAGACAGGAUCACGAUACUUGUGUGCUUACCUGGGAGCUGUUCUACUACACCACCUGUGAGCGCGAGUCAGACGGUUCUCUCAAGAUCAUGGGAGGGUAUUUCCCGAAGCGCACCGGAAAUGUCACCUUCACCUUGCGCCCGGGAGCGAAAUCACCGCGGGAGGCCAUCGCCAACUAUGAUGGGUGCGCUGUGGCUGGUACGGCCGUGAAACUUCAGUCCAACGAGACUGGGUGCGCCCACAUUGCCGAAGACGCAGCACCCAAGCCAAAACCCUGCGAGUUGGAUGUCAAGGGCGUUGCGAGCAGUCUUGCUGCGGCCGUAGUGAAGCCAACCACUAGUUUGACCGCACUCCCGAGUACGACGACAGAGGCUGGAUCUUCGAGGACGGGCCUUGGCAGUGCAUCGGAGCCAACUACCACGGGAGGGACCUCAGGAGGCUCAGGAAAUGGAGACGGGGGUUCGAGCAGCAGCGGUGAUGACGAUGGAAACUGGGCUACGCAGAGGUUUACGAUUAGCGGUGGGAAGUUGACGCUGACGUUGGCUGUUGUUGCGGCGGCUGUUAUUCCCAUCAUCUUGUGA